AAUAAAAAAAAACCACAUUUUUUCUCUUUAAAUCCGUAUCAUCCAAACGUGUAAUAUCUUUCACCUAUUUAUUUUGACACACAAAUAUCAGUUUUAGAAAGAAAGAAAAUGGAAAGGAUGAGAUCUUGCUUGUGCCUUGUAGUCAUCAUAAUGCUUUUGUUUUUAAGAUCUGAAGCUCGCCCUCUUAAUCCAAACAUGAAGGACAAGAAGAAUCACCAAUCCUUAUUCAGACUUGAAGCUCGCCCUCUUAAUCCAAACAUGAAGGACAGGAAGAACAGAUCCUUAUCCAGCUCAUCAUUGUUAGCAAUGAUCAAAGAUCGGUAUGUCCCCAAACGAGAGAUUCCAGGAGGUCCAAGGUUCCUUGGUGAAGUUGUUCCACUUAAUAGAGGUCCUGUCGCACCUUCUGCCCCUAAUCCAAUCACCCAUGGUGCCAAUCCCUGAUGAGAUGGGUGGUAGAAAAUGUCCAGUUGAUGCAUAAAUCUCUUUCAAACUUUUCUGUAAUGUUUUAAGAGUCCGGUUAACGAGUAGGGGCAAUGGUUACAGUUAAUUUUUUAUUUAUUUAUUACAAUUGGUCAGUUUUUUUGUGCAGUCUUUCUGUCUGUACAUAAAUAAGUAUUUC